AUGGGACCAAAAGAACUUAACUCUGUUCAACAGGAACUUUUUGAAGCGGUGAGACGUGGAGAUGCGCAAAAGGUGCAGACAUGGCUGUUAAGCAGACGCAACAGACGUCCACGAACGCCACUGAACUUUUUGCGUACAUCGACAUCACAUUCAGCAUGGUUAUGUUCGAUUGUGGAUCCAUCGAAUGGUUAUACGGUGCUACAUCUUGCCGCUUUACUAGGUCAUAAAGAGGUAGUCAAAAUUUUGCUGAAUGUUGAUUCGCAAAUGGCACGAAUAAAAGAUCGGCGUGGAUGUUUUCCAAUACAUUUAGCAGCAUGGAAUGGUCACGUUGAAGUUAUAAAGACUUUAAUUAAUGCUCAACCGAAUACUGUUGAUGCAGUAAACAAUGCCAAAGAAUCACCUCUGCAUCUAUCUGCACAACAUGGUCAUGGCAAAGUCGUCGCUGUUUUGCUUGCUAACCAUGCAGACGCCAGGAUGAGGAACGCACGUGCUGAAACAGCUUUAGAUGUAGCUGCACGAUUUGGCAAAGCUAAUGUAUGUCGGUUACUCAUCUGUAAUUGUCCGGAAUUAGCACUGCAGAGUGCAUCAGAGUGCAUUACCACAGAUCCAGGAAAGUCACGACAUUUAGCUCAAGUGGUGUAUCCAUUACAUGCGGCUGCUCGUCAUGGUCACAUUGAUUGUCUUCAAAUAUUGUGUCAUUCCGGUUUCGAUCUUGACUAUGUUACCGAAGAAGGUAGUGCAUUACAUGUUGCUGCAUUGUUUGGGAAAGUUGAAGCUGUUAAAUUGCUUCUUGAACAAGGCAUCAAUGUUGAUACCCGUGAUGGACAAGGACGUACUGUAUUGGAAACUUUAGCAGAGCAUGAAAAUGAAAAAGCUUCAGAUCUUACGCAGGUGAUACAGAGCCGAGAAGGAUGGUCAGAAUGUCGAAAGCUCAUUGAAGCUUACAUACAGAAAUAUAAGGAUCGUCCAAGUGACAGAAUCAGUGCAGCGAAUCAUUCAAUUUACUUGAAUUUACCCUUCUGUUCGAAAUAUGGCGCCAACCCGAAAGACGUUAUAUGGAAACCGAUACCGAGAUUGUCUACAGCUAGGCUUCAAUCAUCUCGGAAUCAAGUGCAGCAUAGUUCAAGUUAUGGGCCUGAUGCUACUUUGGACAUUUCCACGUGUUGUCCACCACCACCGAUAGUGACUAAUAUGGUUACAUUAGUUAAUGUCGAAAACAAUCAGGAUGAUAUUUCAAUCCUUCCUUUAUCAGCCGUCCACGUAGAAUCAUCUGGGAGUGAGUCUGGUUCACAACCAUCACAUAGUCAAGUUGAAGAUUUUGGUGUAGAAAAUCGCGUACCUCGGUUUACUGUCAUAGUGCCGAAUCAUAGGUAUCGACAUACACUUCAAAAAAAUCAAAAAAAUGGUAUUCUUUUACCAAGAAUGGGAGUUCGAACAUCACUUAAUUCAGAUUCAGUAGUAAUGUGUCCAUCUCCACUUUCGUAUGAUGCUUGGCGAUCACAGCGUGCUGGUCCAUAUGACAAUGUGAUAAGUCCACGACAUCCCCUUCUAGGUUAUGACAAUGUACCACAAAAUCUUGUUGUUUAUGAUAAUGCUCCACCACCUGGACAUCGAUGUUGGCAGCAUUUCUGCGAAUUGAAAUCCAUACAUAAAUCUGGUUGUGAAAAUGUUGAUGCACCUUCUUGUAGUAUUAGAAGUGAUGAUAUACAGACUAUUCCACCUGUGAAACCCAACCGUCAACGUUUGUCCGUGCUAGAAAAAACAUUGAAGCCCGAACCGACUCCCCGGAAAAGUAAAGUACAUGAAGCUAGUACAAUUAAGAACAGUGGUCGCGUUAAGUAUCGCCCACCAAGCUCUUCUUCACUCAGAACGGAAAGUCCAGCAUCCAUCAUCACUUUCGCUUGCUCAACUCUCGAACGUUCAUUGUCCCCUGGAGAACAAAGCAGUAGUGUUCCAUCUGGGACAGUUUCGUUAAAUCAAGGCCGUGCACCACUAGCACUCCCUGAAGAGGUUUCUAUGUCAGCUUCAGCCAGCAUUCUGUCAGUGCAAAAUUCUCCGGAAAGGUAUUUUAUGGAGGAAACUAAACGGAGAAGACAUUCACGUCUCUUGAAUGACGAUUAUUUUUUGGAUCAUAACCCUGUUACGGCUAUUUUUAAUUCAGGUUGUUCAGUGAAGACUGCAUCGGCGAGUUGUGCUGAAAGCAUAACAGGAGAAAAUGAAAAUGAAGCAAAUACUGAUAAUGGACAUUCUGAACUUGAUCAUCUUCCGAGUCCUGAAACUACCGAAUCCCGCAUCCAUCAUUUCCUUUGUAGUCAGGAUAACGUUAAGCAGCGGUUGUCUCAAUCUCCCUCUAUAAGCAAAAGAUCACAGCAUACACAGAAGGAUGCAAUAUCGUCAUCGUCAACAGUGGAGUCAGACUGCACUUUAGCAUCUUCAUGUUCUCUGCCAAUCAUCUCUCAUGUUUCUUCGACACCGCCGUCAGUAGUUUCUCCGUCGCAGGAACACAGCCAUCCUUACAAACAAUCCAGCAUGGAUGAUCAGUCAUUUUCUUCUGCGGAGGUACGCCUUCGAACUGCGUCUUCUGUCCCGACACAUGGUAGCAUAAAUAAGGAAAUGUGUGGAUUAUCUAUAUCGAGCGAUGGAGAUCACCAAAGAGGCGAAAUAAACAACAUUAUACAGACAUCAUUUGCGCAAAGUGAUAAAGUUUCAACCCGGCGUAGUUCCUUGGAUGAAAGCAUUGAAUGGAAGAAGAUCAGUGAAAUAAUGGAGUCAUUUGGUGGCGCAAUUUGUCGGGAAUCGGUGUUUGCAGCUCAUUACGAACCAAAAGUGGCCGUUUAUCUUAGAGACCGCAGAUCGCAAGCAUUAAUGCUGCAGUUAAAUGGACCACAGGCAGUGCAAAAUAGGCAGUCCUUUGGAUUUGAUGCUGACAAAAGAUAUAAGCAACCGCGAGGGGUAAAUGCUGUUGCUGAAUGGCUAAAUGUGUGUGUUGGGAUACCUAAUCCCAGAGCAAAUGAAAUAGCGGAAAUUCUUGAAAGCAGUGGCUUUGACAGUAUUAACCAUAUGCAGUCAACACUCGAUCGUGUUUCUAUGCAAGAAAUCGGGCUUGAUAAGUCAACUCAACAUCAGAUCGGGAUGUAUCUAGAAAAUUAUCCAAAUGUUUCUGUUCCAAGCGCAAAUUCUUUUACAUAUGUUUCGGAUUGGUUGCAUUCAUUGGAUUUGGAAGAUUAUCUGGGUCAUUUUGUAAGUGGCGGGUUGACGUCAAUGCUGAUUGUUUUUGCAGUUGAUUCAACGCGGAAACAUUUGAAAAUUCUUGGUAUCACAAAACUUGGUCACCAAAAACGAAUUUUAAAUUCUUUGAAGAAAGCGAAGGAAGAGCGACGUCAAAGGGCAGCAGAACGAGCAGCGGUAGCACAGGAAGAAGAAGUAGACAGUGGUCAAGAGAGCAGGAGUACGAUGCAGUCAUCAUCAAGUACCCAAAUACCGCAUUCAGUGGUUGUUGGGGGACAUCCUACUGAAUGGCAGCAUUCAUCUAAUACACUUGUUGAGAGUUGUAUUUCGUAUUCAGCUCAUUACCUUGGGUCAAUGGAAAUAUCAAAUGUUGAAGAGACAGAGGAUUCUCGAAGAGCUAUGAUCAAAUUGAAAAGAGGUAUUCGCGAAAUAGCCAAAGUCCCUCAUGUUUUGCUGGAAAUCUCAGUAUCGGGUGUUCGAGUGCUUGAUGCUGUCACAAAGCAACUUACUGUCGAGCAUGAAAUAGCCCAGAUACAGAUAGUCUGUCAGGACGAAAGAGAUCUGAAUUGUUUCGCGUAUAUAUCGCAAGAUGGUGAUCGUCAUUUCUGUCAUGUAUUUUGCGUCUUAACUGCCGAUGUAGCAACUGAAAUAAUAGUAACAUUGGGACAAGCAUUCGAGGUAUGUUACAGAAUCACCAAUGAUAGCUAUGGCAGUACUGAACCAAUUGCUAUCUAA